AUGCUAAAGAACCCAAUUAAACGUCAAUCAUGGGAGUAUCUUCAUAGUGACGUUGAACAAGGCGAACUACUAGGAAAAGGCGCGUUUGGAGAAGUUCGUGCUGGCAAACUGCAAUUAAAAACUGGAGAAACUAUCGAAGUAGCAAUCAAAGUUGUGACGAAUGGUGAGUUUGUACAGUUGCCAAGUUGCUGUCCCGAAUCGCUUCGCAACUUCUUCGCUACUAAGGUCUUCGUAAAAGAUCCAGAAUCUAGAGUUAACAUGACAGACGUAGUAAUCGCUUUUGAAAGGGCAACCGGCUCUGAGAACUCAGCCUUUCGUAUAAGACGAAAAUUUAUGGGUUUCAUGCAUGACGUGCCAAGCUCGUUAUUCCUUCUGAGUUGGGUCCCAUUAAUACACUGUCGUCAAUUCCUCGGCGAAGAAGUCACAGAGUUAAAUGAGUUCUAUGAUGAAUCCCGAAGUAGUAAACCUCCGUACGAGCCAGAACAGCCAGUAGCUGCCUCUGGUCAAGAGUUGCGAAUGCCCUAA